UCCCCGGGGCAGCCCCCGCUCCGGGUGUCGGCGGUGAGUGGAGGAGCGGCCCUGCUCCGGCCGCUGAGUUCGGCGCUGGGGCAGGGAGCGCUGCCGGCACGGCAGAGCCCCGGGAACGGCCCCGUGCGCGCCGGCUGCCGGGCAGAGGGCCUGGAACGAGCCAUCAAACCAGCUGAAACAGACAUCGGGAGAUUCGGGGUUGGCACUCAUCAAAUGUCUAGAGUUGGUAGCUCCGGGCGAGGUUCCCCUCGGAGCGGCAAUGGUACUAGUCCUGAUACCAUUUUAUCAACCUUUUCCGGCUAUUUAACAUGCAACACGCAUUAAAACAACACGUCACAGCCCCCAACACAUCUACUCCUCAGGAGUAACAAGGCACUGUGCCAUAGUGUGCCUAAAGUACCACUUUAUUCUGAGGUCUGAAAGUGAGCCCAGGUGAACCCAACAAGAAGUACUCAUGUUGAAGAUUCUGGAGAAAUGGAAACGGGCUGUAGCAGACCAGCACUUCAUUUCUAAUGGGAAGGCAGUCAUCCAAAAACCAGCUUAAUGAAAAUGCUGCAUUGCACUGGAUUAUUCCUGCUGUACACUGCUGAGGAAUGAGGUGUAUGCCGUUGGGAGCUUCUGAAACAAAGUACCUGCAGUGCUUUUGUGAUACUGUUAUUUUGUGUCAUCAGACUAUCUGGAAUACCUGGAAACAGAUUUAUUUGGAACACCUGCACUGUCACCAUGGAGGAAGGAUGAACACUCUCACCCUUGGAUAGGUAUUUUCCUGUGCAAAGUGCACAAGUUACAAGUUACAGAAUUGCACGUUAUGAAUUAGAGAACUUGUGAGUUAGAAACCUCAUGGCUGAUGUGGCAAGAACUUUUGAAGUGGAAUGGAUGGGGAUAUAAUGACUCCAAAUUCAUCUUCAAUAAGAAGGGUCAAGCAGAAUUCACAGGAAAAAGGUACAGAUUAGGUGGUAUGGUAUUACCAACUUUUAAGGAAUGGAUAGAAAAAACGUUUGGAGCAAGUCUGGAGCACAAAACUACCUCUAGAACAUCCUUAAAUGUUAAUGAUGUACCUCCAUCUGUUGUAAAUGAAGAAUUUCUUCAGGAUCUUAGAGCCACUAAAAUCUCAUAUUCCCAGGAUGCAGAAGAUAGGGUAUUCAGAGCUCAUGGUCACUGCCUACAUGAGAUAUUUGUACUCAGGGAAGGAAUGUUUAAGCGAAUUCCUGAUAUAGUUGUAUGGCCUGUUUGCCAUGAAGAUGUAGUUAAAAUUGUGGAAUUAGCCUGCAAACACAAUCUCUGCAUAAUACCCUUUGGUGGAGGGACAAGUGUCUCUAGUGCCCUUGAGUGUCCUGAAGAAGAAAAAAGAACAAUUGUCUCCCUGGAUACAUCACAAAUGAAUCGGAUUCUCUGGAUAGAUGAAAAAAACUUAACAGCUUGUGUAGAAGCUGGCAUUGUUGGACAAGAUCUGGAAAAACAGCUUGCUGAAAGUGGCUUCUGUACAGGCCAUGAACCAGACUCAAUGGAAUUCAGUUCACUAGGAGGAUGGGUAGCAACACGAGCAUCUGGCAUGAAAAAAAACAUCUAUGGAAACAUUGAAGAUCUGGUGAUUCAUAUAAAAAUGGUAACUCCUAGAGGAAUAGUAGAAAAAAACUGUCAAGUACCUCGCAUGUCAACAGGACCUGAUAUCCAUCACUUCAUUAUGGGAUCUGAAGGAACUCUUGGAGUGGUUACUGAAGUUACAAUAAAGAUUCGCCCAGUCCCUGAAUACCAGAAGUACGGCUCUGUGGUCUUCCCCAACUUUGAGCGAGGGGUGGCCUGCUUGAGGGAAGUGGCAAAGCAGAGAUGUGCUCCUGCAUCAAUUCGCCUUGUCGACAAUGCACAGUUUCAGUUUGGUCAUGCUCUUAAACCACAAGUUGCUUCCAUUUUUACAUCGUUUUUGGAUGGACUGAAAAAGUUCUACAUCACAAAGUUUAAAGGAUUUGAUCCCAACAUACUGUGUGUAGCUACCUUGCUCUUUGAGGGUGACAGAGAGAAGGUUCUUCAGCACGAGAAGCAGGUCUAUGAUAUUGCCACCAAGUUUGGUGGCUUGGCAGCAGGAGAAGAUAAUGGACAGAGAGGAUACAUGCUGACAUUUGUCAUUGCUUACCUUCGGGACCUAGGCCUGGAUUAUUACGUAAUAGGAGAAUCAUUUGAGACAUCUGUUCCUUGGGAUAGGGUUUUGGACCUUUGUAGAAAUGUAAAGGAGAGGAUAGUACGAGAGUGCAAAGAAAAGGGUGUUCAGUUUGCUCCUCUUUCCACCUGUAGGGUGACACAGACUUAUGAUGCAGGUGCAUGUGUCUACUUCUACUUUGCCUUUAACUACAGAGGAAUUAGUGAUCCUAUUCAUGUCUAUGAACAAAUUGAGAGGGCUGCUAGAGAAGAAAUACUUGCCAAUGGAGGAAGUCUUUCACAUCACCAUGGAGUAGGCAAAUUGCGGAAGCGCUGGAUGAAGGAGAGCAUCUCUGAUGUUGGCUUGGGAAUGCUGAGAUCUGUUAAAGAAUAUGUGGACCCCAAUAACAUCUUUGGAAACAAAAAUCUUUUAUAAAGCCCUGCACAAAUGAUGUACUAAAAAUUAAAAAUUACUGUUGAAAUUCCUCCAAUUUAAUUGUAUCGAUAUCCCAGUAAUCAAAUAUAACAUAGACUAAACUUUAAAAACUAGUAACUUACAUUGAUUUUUGCUAUUCCCUUCCCCCUUCCCCCAAUAAAGUGUAAACAUCACUGUUAAUGUUUAUGGACUUUUACUUAACAAUAUUCCAACCUACUGGGCAGAAAGUACCAACCAGAAAAUGCAAAUUUGGGUUUCCAAGAUGGGCUAGGCAGCACAGCUGAGAGUGUUUUCAGUGCUGGAUACUGCCAGAUGUUUCUUACUUAAAGCAUCCCCUGCAAGGAGGACAAUGACUGACAGCCGUGUUUUCUACAGAAGCAGCUGCACAGCCCAGCCUCCUGCUAAAGGAAAGCUGCUAAGAGACAGAUGAGAGAACACCAAGGAGUACCUCCCUGUACUGGAUUAAGUAUGUAACAGACUUGUAACCAGCAAAUACUUUUAAGAGUACAAAUGUAGGCUUUCAGCAAAAGAGACAGUGUAAGUCAAACUACUAAAAAUUCAGUAGUCUCUCACUGUAGUACUACUGGAAAAUCUUACACAAUUGAGUUGUAUUUGCAUUGCUGGGAUAAUCUUAAAUUAAUUAUAGGUCAGUCACUAAGUUUUGUACAACGGACAUUUCUCACUGUAAGUUGAAAACAGGUUUGUAACAAAAUUUUGUGUUCAUCUGUACUUCAGUCCUAGUGCGUAUGGGUUUUGUUCCUGUUGUGUUUGUUUUGCACAGAUGCAAAAUAUCUUUUUCAGUUACUCAAAUGAAACUGCCCAGCACUGUCUUUUGAAACAGUCACAACAGUUUAAUAAAACACUUAAAUGGACAACCUACUGUCAUCCUGGAAGUGAGAUUUAAGUUUUGUACAGUUUCCUAUGGCCUUUAUGAAUCAUUUAUUUACUUCACAAGUAGCCACAAUUUUAAUUGUCCAUUGAACUUUAUGAAAAUGAAAUAUUUUCUUGAUCAGUAUCAUGUGAGAGUAAGCAUUUUUACAUUGAAACUUAUCAGUAAAAUAAACAAUAUUUGUCAAUA